AUGAAAUUUCUAGAAGAUUCCUGCCUUUGCCAGACGACAGCGCGAGUUGCUUUAGUAGAUCCCGAAUUGUCCGAUCAGUAAUCGUUACCAGUGAAUAGGCUAAUUUUAAGCUUAUAAAAAGCCGGCGACUAGAAUUAUUAAUUAAUUUACUGUUUUUUCCUUGUUCAAAUACCUCAUUAGAAGAAAAAGAUGUACCGUUUACCAGCAACAUUGAGAACCACCGCUUUAGUUAAAGCUAACAGAUUGAAUAAUGUGCAGAGGUGGUAUGCUAAAGAUGUUAGGUUUGGUGCUGAAGUUAGAGCCCUUAUGCUGCAAGGUGUAGAUGUAUUAGCCGAUGCUGUGGCCAUCACUAUGGGUCCAAAGGGUCGAAAUGUAAUCAUUGAACAGUCAUGGGGCUCGCCAAAAAUAACUAAAGAUGGCGUUACUGUCGCUAAAGGUGUAGAACUCAAAGACAAAAUUCAAAAUAUUGGUGCUAGGUUAGUACAAGAUGUUGCCAACAACACAAAUGAAAAAGCUGGUGAUGGUACCACCACAGCUACAGUUUUAGCUAGGUCAAUUGCGAAGGAUGGUUUUGAUAAUAUUGGCAAAGGUGCCAAUCCUGUAGAGGUUAGAAAAGGAAUUAUGAUGGCUGUUGAGAAAAUCACCGAAACUCUUAAAACUUUAUCAAGACCUGUCACAACACCUGAAGAAAUUUGUCAAGUAGCCACAAUUUCUGCUAAUGGUGAUAAUGCCAUUGGUUCCCUUAUUUCUGAUGCUAUGAAGAGAGUUGGAAAAGAAGGAGUUAUUACUGUUAAAGAUGGUAAGACCCUUAACGAUGAAUUGGAAGUUAUUGAGGGUAUGAAGUUUGACCGUGGAUACAUUUCUCCCUACUUCGUCAAUACAUCUAAAGGAGCCAAAGUUGAAUAUCAGGAUGCUCUAUUACUUUUGAGUGAAAAGAAAAUUUCUUCAGUUCAAAGCAUUGUUCCUGCUUUGGAGUUGGCCAAUGCUCAACGAAAACCAUUGAUUAUUAUUGCGGAAGAUGUUGAUGGUGAAGCAUUAACCACAUUGGUAGUAAAUAGGUUGAGAAUUGGAUUGCAAGUAGCAGCUGUAAAAGCCCCAGGUUUUGGAGACAACCGUAAAUCCACUCUGCAAGAUAUGGCCAUUGCUACAGGUGGAAUUGUUUUUGGGGAUGAAGCCAAUGUAGUCAAAAUUGAAGACAUUCAGCUGGCAGACUUGGGCCAAGUUGGAGAAAUUGUAAUUACCAAAGAUGACACUUUACUCCUCAAGGGAAAAGGCAAGAAGGAUGAUAUUGACAGGCGCGCUGAUGCAAUCAGAGACCAAAUUCAGGAAACUACUUCUGAAUAUGAGAAAGAAAAACUGCAAGAAAGGUUAGCUCGUUUGGCAUCUGGUGUUGCUGUUUUGAAAGUUGGGGGCAGCAGCGAAGUUGAAGUAAAUGAGAAGAAGGACCGUGUUACAGAUGCCUUGAAUGCUACAAGAGCAGCUGUUGAGGAAGGUAUUGUACCUGGAGGCGGUACUGCCUUGUUGAGAUGUGCUAAGAGCUUGGAUUCUUUGAAAACUGCCAACAGCGAUCAAGCUAAUGGUAUUUUCAUUGUUAAACGUGCUUUGAGGGUACCUUGCAUGACCAUUGCUAAGAACGCAGGUAUGGAUGCAACCCAGAUAGUAGUUGAAGUAGAACAGAAAGGCGGAGACAUUGGUUAUGACGCUCUCAACAAUGAAUAUGUUAACAUGUUCGAGAGAGGAAUCAUCGAUCCUACCAAAGUUGUAAGAACAGCCAUUACUGAUGCUUCCGGAGUAGCAUCCCUCCUGACCACAGCUGAGGCAGUCAUAACGGAAAUUCCAAAAGAAGAGCCAGCAAUGCCUGCGGGUAUGGGAGGAGGAAUGGGAGGUAUGGGUGGUAUGGGAGGAAUGAUGUAAUGACUGAAUCCUUCCACUACUAAGUUCAUCUCAUUUUUUCCUCAUCGAAUAAUACAUUAGUUUACGUACAACAGAGUAUGUAUGAGUGUGUGUGCAUCCUCCUAAUGACUGAGGCAUUGACCGAUAGUUUCCAUUACAUUUCGGUCAUAAAUGGGAGCUUAUAUUAAGUUCUAUAUUCGUGGUAGCAUUUUUCUCACUUGAUCACGAAUAUGUAUGUAUGAAUGUUAUGACUCUUCAAUUUGGUAUUUUUUCAUUACCAUAAGGAGUUCAGUUCUCGGCCAAUUGGUUUUCUUGAUCUGAGAAUAUUUUUGUAAUAGAUCAAAGCUGCAUUUUUUUAAUGUUUGUAAAAUUGAUUGUAGAGAUUGUUAAUAUAUUGUUAUUUUUUA